CUGAUUGCCAUCCUCAGCCCGUCCACCACACACAAACAUCACGACCAACCGCCUAAACUUAUAGUCAUCUCGUUCGACGGAUUUAAAUGGGAUUAUUUGGAUUUUGUAAAAAAUAGUUUCAAUUACUCAACGCCGAACUUUGAUAUGCUAAUAAGCAGCGGCGUUUCAAUAUCAAAUGAUGGAGUUUUAAAUGCAUUUGUCACAAAAACAUUCCCGAAUCAUUAUUCAAUUGCGACAGGACGGUAUGAGGAGAACCAUGGGAUAGUUGGGAACUCGUUUUACGAUCCACUAUUUAAUGAAACUUUCGAUAUAUCCUCACCAGAUGGCACAGACAGCAAAUGGUGGGAUGGAAAAAGUGGCAAACUGGUAGAACCGAUUUGGAUCACUAAUCAGAAGUGCGGUUGCAAUGGGACUUGUGAGUGUGAGAGAUACAGUGGGGUCGUUUUCUGGGUCGGGUCAGAUGUGGAAGGCCAGCAUCCAACACGCUUCCUACACUACAACAAGAGUAUGGAUUUCAAAGAUCGACUGAUUCAACUUUUAGAGUGGUUUACUGAUGAGGAAUCCCCAAUCAACUUUGGCAUGGUUUACUUUAAUGAACCAGAUUCAACUGGCCACGAAUAUGGGCCAAACUCGACAGAAAUUGCCAAAAAAAUCAUCGAGUUAGACAAACUGCUGGGCGAAUUUUUAGAAAUGUUGAAAGAGAAAAAACUGAUGAGUAGUGUAAAUAUAAUAUUAACCAGUGACCACGGAAUGGUGUACCAAAGAGAAGUUAUUAUACUGAGUGACUACGUCGACGUCUCUUUAUUUCAGAUCUAUGGCACAUCUCUUGUUUAUAAUAUUUUGCCGAAACCAGGCCACCUGGAAGAGGUUUACAAGAUAUUGAGUAAUAUAUCCCAUCUUAAUGUCUACAAAAAAGAGCACAUCCCUACCGAGUAUCACUACCGCAAUAAUCGCCGAAUUCUCGAUUUGGUCCUGACGGUCGAGGAGGGCUACAGGGUUUGCAUGUCUAGGAAUGACACCUACUGCAUGUUGAUGAAAGGCGAUCACGGAUACAACAACAGCUUGAAAUCCAUGCAUCCCAUCUUUAUUGCUAGUGGUCCAGCGUUCAAAGUUAACUACAAACUUGAACGCCCCUUCGAAAUAGUGGAUCUCUACUCACUCAUGUGUUACAUCCUGAAGCUACCGCCACACGACAAUGAUGGUGAUUUCAAGAGGGUCGAGUCCAUUUUAAACAUCAAGAGGGAGGUUUAUCUUACAGAGAAUUUAGUU